CCGCUGCUUCUCCGCCGCUAGUGGCCGCUCCGCUCGCACUACCGUCACGAGAAGAAAAGGAGAGGCAGCGCGAGGCCGCGAGGCGAGCUGAAAACGAGAUUAAAGACCGAAGCGGAUCAUGAUCCUCCGGACCGUCGCCGCGAGCUCCAGAGCAUACUGACACCGGGCCGCGUUUCACUCGCAUGAGGCUGAGAGAUGGCUCAGAUCCGCGGCACAAUGGCCGGUUGAUGGUGGAGGUCUGGAGCGGUGGGUGGAGGCCGGUGAAGCCGGGCUGGGGUCGAGCUGAGGCGUGGAGAAGCAGCGAGGCGGCCCGGGUAGCUACUCCCCCGGCUCCCCUCCUCCUCCUGCGGCUCCAGUAUGAGGCUGAUAGCGCUGCUGCUGCUGGUGGAGCUGCUGGUGCUAGUGGAGGUGGUGGAGCUGCUGCUCUUGGAUGGGAGCACUACUGAGAACAACAGCACGACCCCCAGCAACAGGAGGUACCUAAACAUUGGAGACGGGACCAAUCUGGAGUUCGAGUUUCCGGAAAACACCAAGGGCGUGAUCGUAAUUUCCAGCGAGUACCGGACCGCCGUGGGCCGCAAGGGGCGGGAGAGCUGGCGGCAGACGGUCAGGGUGCGCUCCCUGGAGCCGGACGUGCUGUCCAUCCUGAACGUCAGUGACGGUGGACACCCGGGACCCUCGAGAAGCUACGUCAUCAGCAUCAGGUCGGGAGCUGCGGGGCGGGCACCGCUGCUCAUCCAGCUGCUGGAGAUGGGCCAGAAUUCGGAGCUGGUGCUGGUGGAGGAGCGCAACGACUACGCCAUCAGGGUGGCCCCGGGUGCCUUUGCCCCCCACCAGGCCGGGGGUCUCGCCCACUUCUCCAAGAACCCGAUCCUGUUCGCCCUGCUGCCGCUUAUUUUCGUCAACAAGUGCGCUUUCGGCUGUAAGGUGGAGGUGGAGGUUCUACGGGGGCUCCUGAAGCGCCCGGUUCCUCUGCUCCUCGGGGUGCUGGGCCAGUUCCUCGUCAUGCCGCUGUACGGGUACGGGGCGGCCCGCCUCGCAUCACUGCCAAAGGCGCUGUCCCUGGGUCUGGUUAUCACCUGCUCGGCACCAGGCGGGGGCGGGGGCUACCUGUACAGCCUGCUGCUGGGCGGAGACGUCACCCUGGCCAUCUGCAUGACCCUGGUCUCCACAGUGGUCGCUACAGCAGCCAUGCCGCUCUCAUCCGCGCUUUACGGGCAUCUGCUGGGCGUCCACGCCACGCUGCGCGUGCCCUUCGUGAAGAUUCUGGGCACGCUGCUGUUCAUCGCCAUCCCCAUAUCGCUGGGCGUGCUGGUGAAGCUGCGGCUGCCCGGCCUGGCCCGGGUGCUCCUCGCCCUCAUCCGUCCCUUCAGCUUCGUGUUGAUCGUAGGUGGUAUCUUCAUGGCAUACCAGAUGGGCGCCUCCAUCCUGGCUGACGUGCGGCCCCGCGUGGUCCUGGUGGGCGCGGCGGCCCCCGUGCUGGGGCUGCUGCUCGGGCUGGGGCUGGCGUGGCUGGCCGGUCUGCCCGCGCCGCAGAGGAAGACUGUGGGCAUCGAGGUGGGCGUGCAGAACAGCCUGCUGGCACUCGCCGUCAUGCAGUUGUCGUUCCGCCGGGCCGAGGCCGACUUCGCCUCCCAGGCGCCCUUCAUUGUUGCCCUCAGCAGCACCUCCGAGAUGCUGCUGCUGGUGCUCGGUCACUUCGCCCACCGCCGCCUCUGCCAGUCGCCUGCUGUCUGCUCCGAGACCUGAGCUGUGCUAGGCCCCGCCAGCCUGGCAGUGGGACCUGGGAACAGAGUGUGUUUGUAUUUUGUCUGGAAAACCAAAGGCCUUUUUUAAGUUGCCCUGUUUUAUAAAGGAGAUUUUAUGGAUCCGGAUAUUUUUCUAACAGAUGGUGUUUUUUUGUAUUUGAGAUUCUGAUAUGCUUUCUUUGUAUCCUGUUUACAAAUGCGCAGUGUCUUUCCGGAUGUGUGUGUGUGUGUGUGUGUGUGUGUGUGUGUGUGUGUGUGUGUGUGUGUGUGUGUGUGUGUGUGUGUGUUGCGCGCGUGUGGUGGUCGUGCUCUGAGCUCUAAUGUGCUGUUGAUUGUUCCUGUUGGCUCUGAGGGGGUGUUCUAAUCCAUGUACUUGAAUCGUUUUGCGUAACAUUGGUGAAUAAAUGCAUUUUUGAAAAGCAGAA